GAAGAAUUGAAUCGAAGCAACAAUAAAUACUGAAUCACUUAGGUGGGCAGAGAGAGAAAGGUCUUAGAGAGAAAUGGUGACGGUGAGCCACGAUAAAGAGAACAAGGCAGGGAUGUUCUUCAUGGCCACUCUGGUUAUGUGGGGUGUUUCUGUUUUCUUCGAAAUAUUAUUCAAUAAACGGAUUGAGCUGGUAUCAAUUCUAGCUGGGUUUUGUUUCUAUCAAUUUUCCAACUGGGUCAUCCGGAAUUGGGUAUCUCGUGACCCACUCUUCGUCAACACUUGUGUCUCCUUGCUCCAUUCCUCUAUUACCUCUACUUCAGAAGAUUUUAAAGGAGCUUCUCUGAUAGUAAAGUGGGCUUUUCCAAUCUUGGAAGUGGAUGGGAAGCCUUAUGGGAUGAUUUCCAUGAUACUUUUUAAGUUACUGGUGGUUUGGUGUGAUUGUGCCACUAUGGAUUGCCGGGACAUGAGGAAAAUUUAUGUGGAGAUACAGAAACGAAAGCCCUAA